UACUGUCUGCUCAAAGUAAACCAUUCUCCGUCUUGUUUUCACAUUUCUCUAUAUAUCUAUCUCAGAUUUGAUCAUUCUUCUUCAUCUUCUUGUUUGAUUUCACAUUUACAAGAAAGCUUGGGGAAGAACACGCACAACAUUCUCCAGAUCUGAUCUCGUAAAUCACAGAUUUUGAUCUGAAGGAAGAAAAAUCAUCAAAUUUCUCGCUCAUGUGUUCUCUUUUUCGUUCUUGAUAAUUUCUUCCGCUACAAGAAACCGAGUUAUGAUGCAUAACCCUUCCCCAUGGAUAAUCUGUUUCUUGAAAUCUUCAGUCUUCUAAUGUCAUGAAGAGGAGAAAAGUCUAGUAAGUAUAAGGAGUUAUGGAGACUGGUACAAGCACUAGCAACAGCGGAAGCAACAGUAGAAACGAUAGCUAUGAAGCAAUCAAGAAUGGAUCAUGGUUUAAUCAGUUUCGAAAUGGCUGCAAUCCCUGGAUGGCUAGAUAUGCAUACGGUCUGAUAUUCCUAAUCGCUAAUCUACUAGCAUGGGCUGCUCGUGAUUAUGGUCAGCGUGCCUUAACAGAAGUGACAAAAUUCAAGAAUUGUAAAGGUGGAGAGAACUGUCUGGGGACAGAAGGAGUCUUAAGGGUCAGCUUGGGAUGUUUUUUGUUCUAUUUCGUUAUGUUUCUAUCAACACUUGGCACGUCGAAAACGCAUUCAUCAAGAGAUAAAUGGCAUUCGGGAUGGUGGUCUGCUAAGCUUAUCAUGUGGCCUGCCUUAACCAUCAUCCCUUUCUUGCUUCCUUCUACCAUUAUUCGCCUUUACGGAGAGAUUGCCCAUUUUGGUGCAGGGGUAUUUCUGCUCAUACAGCUAAUUAGUGUGAUCAGUUUCAUUACAUGGCUUAAUGAAUGCUAUCAGUCCAAAAAAGACGCAGAAAGAUGCCAUGUCCAUGUGAUGCUACUAGCAACUACUUCAUAUACAGUGUGUAUAGUUGGGUUAAUUUUGAUGUAUAUAUGGUACGCGCCGGAUUCUUCAUGCCUUCUCAAUAUAUUCUUCAUAACUUGGACGUUGUUCCUCCUCCAACUCAUGACAAGCAUUGCUCUUCACCCUAAAGUGAAUGCUGGAUACUUGACUCCGGCUCUUAUGGGACUCUAUAUUGUGUUUAUCUGCUGGUGCGCUAUUCGAAGUGAACCAGUGGGAGAAAGCUGCAACAGAAAAUCAGCAGAGUCAAACAGAACGGACUGGCUUACCAUUAUUAGCUUCGUGGUUGCGUUACUUGCAAUGGUUAUUGCGACAUUUUCAACGGGAAUAGACUCUCAAUGUUUCCAAUUCAAGAAAGACGCGAACAGCCAAGGAGAAGAAGUAGAAGAGAAGGAAGAUGAUGUUCCAUAUGGAUAUGGAUUCUUUCAUUUUGUAUUUGCGACAGGAGCAAUGUACUUCGCUAUGCUACUCAUCGGUUGGAACACUCAUCACCCCAUGAAAAAGUGGACGAUUGACGUGGGAUGGACGAGUACUUGGGUAAGAAUUGUCAACGAGUGGCUUGCGGUUUGCGUAUACAUAUGGAUGCUGGUGGCUCCAAUCAUACUGAAGAGCAGAAGACAAAGGACAACUGAGACAUAAGGAGAUAGAGAUAUUUUGGGGAAAUAACAAAGACUGUCGUUUUUGAUAUAUUUUCUCCUUAUGUGGUAUAGAACUACACCGACUAAUUCAUCUACGGCGUGGCGCCCACGAUGGAAGGCAAACCUGCUCUCAUCUAAUAGGUUUGGUAUGAAUAUGGUAUUAGACGAUUAAAGACUCUAAAUUUUCAGAAAUCAAAUCUUUGUAAGUAGAUUUUAUAGGAAACCAAUUACAAAUAUAGUUAAGACAAUUAUUUUAUAUAUAUAUGUGAUCUUAAAAGUUUGGAUUA